AACAAGAACCUUGAAGGAAUGAAAACUUAUUUUUGACAUCCACCAACUUCCUCUGUGAGAAAGACAAGUUACAUUUGUGUCCCAUCUAAACUGACUUCUGCUUUAUGGAAUAUAAAAAUCAAUGUACAGACAAAAUUUAAGAUGAAGAUUUUGCUGCAAGUCUGAAAGUUUCCAGUGAAAAGUUAAAGUGUCCUUCAUAGGCAAGUGACAGAGGAGCCAACAGAUCGGGACUCAAAGUUCAUGGACUGUCCCAUUGCUGAACCACCACUGGAAAUCCCCAGCACUAAGUCUACAGAUAAAUUAUGGACCACAGUUGCAGAUGGAUCAGUUGAAUUGCGCAUUGACUCCUCAUGUCCGCAGACUCCCAUAACUGUACAUGAGAUGUUUCUGGAGUGUGUGGCUAAAUAUGGUACUCUUGAUGCCCUUUCAAGCAAGAAGGAUGGUGUAUGGGAACAUGUUAACUUCAUGAAGUACUACAACCUCUGUCGUCGAGCUGCCAAAAGCUUCCUAAAGCUAGGAUUGAAAAGGUUUUAUAGUGUCGGAAUUCUUGGCUUUAAUUCGCCAGAAUGGUUUAUGUCAGCAGUGGGAACAGUGUUUGCUGGGGGAAUUAUGACUGGGAUUUACGCAACCAAUUCACCUGAAGCCUGCCACUAUGUCGCCAAUGACUGCAGAGCAAACAUUAUUGUGGCUGAAAAUCAGAAGCAGUUGGAGAAAAUAUUGCAGAUAUGGGAGACGUUACCUCAUCUCAAAGCUGUUGUGCAGUACAAAGGCAGUUUGCAUGUCAAGCGUCCAGGUUUAUACACGUGGGCGGAGUUCAUGGAACUAGGGAAGGACUUCAGUGAUGAGCACCUGGAUGACAUCAUAAAUUCCCAGAAGCCCAAUGAGUGCUGUGUGCUUAUCUACACUUCUGGAACCACCGGGAACCCAAAAGGAGUAAUGCUGAGCCAUGAUAAUAUCACCUGGACAGCGGCUCAGGCCAGUCGUGCUGGGGAUAUGCAGCCUGCUGAAAUCCAACAGGAGUCUAUUGUCAGUUACCUACCACUCAGUCACAUUGCUGCCCAGAUAUAUGACCUGUGGACUGGCAUCAAAUGGGGAGAACAUAUCUACUUUGCAAAUCCAGAUGCUCUUAAGGGGACGCUGGUGGACACACUGAGGGAGGCACAGCCCACAUCGCACAUGGGGGUCCCUAGAGUGUGGGAGAAGAUCAUGGAGCGCAUUAAAGAGGUGUCAGCACAAGGAGCCGUCAGGAGAAAGAUGCUGUCCUGGGCAAUGUCUGUUAGCUUGGAGAAGAACCUGGGCCCAUCAAGGAAUGAACUGAAGAUGUUUCUCCCAGCUGUGGCCGAUUUAUUGAUCCUAUCCAAAAUCCGCAAGAUGAUGGGAUUUUCUCACUGCCAGAAACAUUUCUCGGGUGCUGCUCCAAUCUCCACGGAAACACUGGAAUUCUUCCUGGGACUCAAUAUUACACUGUAUGAAGCAUAUGGCAUGAGUGAGACAUCUGGGCCUCAUGUUAUGUCUGGCCCUCAUGCCCAUCGCUUUCAGUGCUGUGGUAAGGCGGUUCCUGGAUGCCAAAUGAAACUUGCCAACAAGGACUCAGAGGGAAAUGGAGAAAUCUGUUUCUGGGGCCGGACGGUCUUUAUGGGUUACUUAAAUAUGGAGGCCAAAACUAAAGAAGUCUUUGAUAAGGAUGGCUGGUUACACUCAGGAGACAUUGGGAAGAUGGAUGCUGAAGGCUUUCUGCAGGUGACGGGUAGACUCAAAGAGCUGAUAAUUACUGCUGGUGGGGAGAAUGUACCACCCAUCCUCAUAGAAGAUGCUGUAAAGAGAUCUAUACCAAUUGUGAGCAAUGCCGUACUAAUUGGAGAUAGAAGGAAAUUUCUGUCAAUGCUUCUCACCCUCAAGAGCACUGUGGACCUAGACACUUUGGAGCCAAUGGAUAACUUGACCCAGGAAGCAAUACGGUUUUGCCAGGAAGUCGGCAGUAAGGCCACAACAGUGUCUGAGAUUGUGGGACAGAAGGACCAGCCAGUGUACAGAGCUAUUCAGGAAGGUAUAGACAAGGUCAACAGCAAAGCAGUGUCAAAUGCCCAGUGUAUCCAGAAAUGGGCAAUCCUGGCCAAGGAUUUCUCCAUAGAUGGAGGUGAAAUGGGACCAACAAUGAAAAUAAAACGAUAUGUUAUCUUGGAAAAAUACAAAGAAGUAGUGGAGGCAUUUUAUGCAAUAUAACAGGACUGCGUCGUCACCAGAAAGCGGAGAUCCUGCCAUUCUGACAGAGUUCACUUGCAGAGGGUCUGUAGCUAUAUGAAACAAAAUGCCCUGCUAUACAAUCAAUCUGCAACAAGGUCAACAAUUAUAAUCGACUCUGAUAAAGAAACAGAACUUUAACGAGGUCUAAAAGUGCACACUCCCGGAAUACUAUGUGCACCCAUAAUGUUAAAAACACAGAAAUAUCUAGUAGAAUCAUGUAAACUAGAUCUGUUAGACAAAAAAAAAAAAAACUAAUAAAAUAAGGCACAGUAAAUCCUUAAACACUCUGUGCCUUGUCUAAUUAAAUGACAAUGCUGCUUUUACAUUCCAGGCCUCAAAUAUAGCAGCCUUAAACACUGCCAAGCCUUCUACACUACUAUCUCAGCCCUUCCCAAGACAAAAAAAAAAAAAAAAAAAAUAA